AUGGAUUGGGACUGUGCAACUGGCGAAGAUGAGCUUGAAACUACCUGUCGUCAGUCGGAGAGCAGAACUUGCAACGCUAAAGAAUUUAAAUGCUCAAACAAUCAAUGUAUUCCGACUGCCUGGGUUUGUGAUGGCGCCUUGGAUUGCUCAAAUGAUGAGGAAAAUUGCCCCCCCGAAAAAUGCACGGACGAUAUGAUGCAGUGCGAGCAUGGAACAUGCAUUUCAAAAUCAUUAUGGUGCAAUGGCGCCAACGAUUGCGGUGACUUCUCGGAUGAAACCGGUUGCGAGGCUUGGAACAAGGAUCAAGUGGAGAUCGUAUGUGGUGAUGGCGAAACAAAAAUGUUCCAAUGCAGAAAUAACAAAACAAUCUGUUUAGAUAUGAGUAAACGAUGCAAUGGAUACGCUGACUGUCCCAAAGGUGAAGAUGAAUUGGAUUGUGACCAGUGCACAGAGCAUGAGUUCAAGUGUGGUCCAAGUGAGUGCAUACCAAUGAAAUGGCGUUGUGACAAUCAUAAGGACUGUAAAGAUGGAAGCGAUGAAUUGAAGUGUGGCAACAGCACCGCCGAUCACCAUUAUUAUCACCCGGCCUGUUCAGAUGACGAGUUUAAAUGUAAAAAUGAAGAAUGUGUUGAUUGGGACCAUGUUUGCGAUAACAAACCCCAUUGCGAAGAUGGUUCAGAUGAGGGAGCGAACUGUGCAACAGCAUGUAAGAAUUCACCAUGCGAUCAAAUAUGCGCUCGAUCACCGAAUGGUCCAGUUUGUGCCUGUCACGAUGGAUAUUCCCUGAAUCCCGACAAAAAAUCAUGUAGCGACAUCAACGAAUGCACAAGCGGCCAUUCGCCGUGUGCACAAAAGUGCGAAAAUACAUUUGGAUCAUAUCGAUGUUCUUGUUUCAGUGGCUUUGCAUUGAGCACCGAUAAAAUGUCAUGCAAAUCAACGAAUAGCAAAAUGUUUAUGUUUUACUCGUCAUUCGAUACAAUUUACCGAUUAGAUCAUAUCUUUUUGACGCCCAUAAAAUCUACGAAUGAUUCGAAGAUUGUCGGUCUCGAUAUGCAUUUCGACAAAAAAAUGCUGUAUUUCACCAUAGAAGACAGCGGUGCAUUGUACGAAUUUAAUUUUACACAAGACGGUGCUGCUGUGAAUACGGUAACAAAUAUUGGUAUGCCAACACAUGUGGCUGUCGAUUGGAUUACCGACAACGUGUAUUUCAUCGAUAAAUCAGUGGCCAUCAAAGUGUGUCACAUGGAAAAUCGCAAGUGUAUCACAUUGAUUGAAUUUAAAGAAGGCGAACACAUCAAAUCGCUUGCCGUUGAUGCACUGCAUCAUCGCCUGUUCUAUGUGAUUGUAAAAAAAUUCGAAUUCACCAUGCCCGAGAGUAAAAUCAUUGCACACGGAUUGGACGGUAGUCAUAAGCAAAUGAUAACCAAAGAUUCGUUUUUCGUGCCGUCAAUAACAUGUGACUUUUACACGGAACGCAUCUACUAUGUGGGCUUGGAGACGAAAACGAUUUGGUCGGUGCGAUACGAUGGAACGGGAAAACAACUGAUGAUUGCCCGAAACGAGUUCAUAACACGACCCAUCGAAAUCACACUGUUCGAGAGUCAUGCUUAUGUGUCGAAUGCUGGAUCGAAAAUAAUUGUCAAAUGCCCAAUGUAUGGUGACCGACGUUGCCAACAAUUCCCGCUGAACGUCAAUCAUGUGGAUAAUCUAGUAAUCGCACACAAAUCGCGACAAAAAUCCACCGAAAACUUGUGUGCGAACAACAAGUGCAAUACGAUUUGCACUCCAUCCGAUAUGGGUGCUAAAUGCAUCUGUGAUUUUGGUCAAUCGGUUGGGGCUGGCGUUGAAUGCAUGACUGAACAACAAAACCAGCCGCUAUUCCAUCAAAACGGUUCGGAAGAGGAAUCGGGCAGCAUGGCAAAAACUGUUUUAAGCACACUCCUCAUAAUCGCAUUGUUGAUAGCACUUGUAAUGGGGGGACUUUUUGUUUACAAGCGUUUUUUUACCAAGACUAACCACACGAUUAGCAUGCAUUUCGAGAAUCCCAGGUCGGCAAUCGAAACGGCGCGUGUGAAAAUGUGUAAACUCAAUGAAAUCAUGAUCCAUCGUCAGAAUAACAACAACAACCAUCGAGGCGAUGUGCCGCCACCAUCAACAAUGAUUGAAGAGCAAGAAAUUACUGAUCUAUCCACUCCCAUAACAAGCGAUGACACGCAAAAAUUAUUAUUUUAAGUAGUUAUUAGAAACAGCCGAUGGCUUUUUGUUAAAUAUUUAAAGAAAAAAAUGCCCUAUAUUCCUAGUUUUUCAGGAGCAAAAAUGACAAAAUUGUAAAUUUGUAAAUUGUCAGCGCUAUCAAGUCAUAGGCAAUAUUGUAUCGAACAUUGAUUGUAAAAUUUAAUUCACUAUUGAUUUUAAUGAGCUAUUGCUCAAGCCAUUGUGAUACACAGAAAAAACGAGUAAUGUAUAUACUAUAUAAUAAAUGCGGGCCAUUUCGAAGACGUUUAAAA